AUGACUUCACUGCGGGGAACCAAUGAUCAAUCUCAAUCCUCUGGAGAGUGCACACCCGCAAGUAUAGAGUUCUCCCAAAUCAUUUUCUCCCUGCAAUACGGGGAGACUGUGGUGUCAUUUCCCAUAAAUACCCAUGUUGCUUCCAUACUUCAUCCCUACAAAAUCCAUUUCUUGGAGGAGCUGUCGAGACGAGCAGUUGGCGAGGAUGAACAUACCGUUCCCCUAUCAAGAGUCACUCUAGCUCUACGGUUCUUGCGGUACUUGAUGGACCAAUGCACCUCCAUCGACACAACUAAUACAAUCCUUCGGGCUUUUGAAGAACAGUUCAUGGCUUGCUUUGAUAUUCACAGCAUGGUUGCUGGAACAUCAGAUCCCUUAGCUGCUAGAAGGCAAGCGUUGGGAGAUUAUUUCUCGGCCGUGGAAUAUACAUCGAGCACUCCUAAGCCGGCAAAGAGCGCUCUCUUCCAAUCCGCACAUGUUGGUAUCUCCAAACUUCUGGUCGUGUUUGGAGGCCAGGGCCCGGCCAACGCCUCCUGCGUAAAGGAGUUACGAACAUUGAGUACAACUUAUCGCUAUCUUUUGAGGCGUCUGAUUGUCAGAGUCACCCCGCUACUCACAUCGCUAUGUCAACACCCCGAUACGAAACAGUUCUUCGCGGGUCGAAUGAUCAAUCUACAGAGCUGGCUCACUGAUAAUGGAGAGCUCCCCGACGAUGCUUUCCUGGGUUCAGCCCCUGUGAGCUUUCCCAUUAUUGGGCUCCUCGACCUAGCCCAUUACUGCGUGACUUGCCAGAUCUUGAAUAAAACUCCUGGCGAAGUGGCUGCAUCUUUCCAUGGAGUAUCAGGGCAUUCGCAAGGGAUCGUGGUGGCAGCAGCGGUUUCCAAGUCAAGCUCAUGGGACUCAUUCUACGCGAACGCUUGUCUUGCGGUGGAGAUACUAUUCUGGAUUGGAUUCGAAAGUCACCUGCAUGCACCUUCUUCUUUUAUUUCGGUUGAUACACUUCAAGACUCUGUGACGAGCGGAGAAGGUCAGCCGUCGCCGAUGCUAUCUGUCAGAGGGUUCGAGCAAAUUGCCUUGGACGAUAUUCUGCGACAGUGCAACACCCACCUUCCGCUUAACAGCCAGGUUCAUAUCGCUCUGGCCAACUCAAGGUCUAAUUUUGUGGUCGCGGGUCCCCGGGCCUCUCUCUGUGGUCUUUGCAAAUUUCUUCGAGACGUAGUCGUUUCACCCGAUGAAGACCAAACCAGGAUCCCAUUCAGCCAACGAAAACCUGUUGUCUCGUACCAAUUUCUCCCUAUUAGCGCCCCUUUUCAUACGCCUUAUCUGAGCCAAGCGGCCUCGAAGAUCAAGGAAAGGCUGCACGACAAGACCUUUACUGCUUGUGAGGCAAACAUUCCCCUGCUACACACAACCACUGGCGAAGUGAUCACUUCGGGAGGACAUGUCUCUAUCAUAGAGUCUCUCGUCGAUGCCAUCACUACUGGCUUUGCUGACUUUCCUAGGGUGCUGUCUCACCCUGAAACUUCACACUUUGUGGUAUUUGGCCUGGGACGCCUGGGGGAGCUGGUGAAACAGAAUCGUCAGGGUUAUGGUCAACGCAUUAUAUGCGGAAGUGAGACUGACGUGGUUAGUAGCGACACUGGAUCAAAAGCAGAACUCUUUUCAUCGAUUUUGCCAUCCCAUGAGCUUCCUUGGGGCAAAGAGUACGCACCGCAAUUACUUCGGACUCGCGAUGGGACACUGGCCCUCCACACAAAGCUCAGUCAUCUGCUGCGAGUUCCUCCGGUGCUCGUUGCCGGUAUGACACCGACUACAGCUCCAUGGGACUUUGUCGCGGCAGUGAUGAAUGCCGGAUACUACGCUGAACUGGCAGGUGGUGGCUACUACUCGGAUAGCGCUAUGGAGAAUGCAAUAAGAACCCUUGCUUCCGAGAUUUCUCCCGGGCGUGGAAUCACUGUGAAUCUCAUUUAUGUCAAUCCAGAGGCCAUAGCAUGGCAGACGCGUUUAGUUCGCAAGCUAAUUCACCAGGGCAUCCCCGUCGAUGGGAUCACAAUUGGUGCCGGUGUUCCCUCUCUCAGCGUUGCCCGGGGAUAUAUUGACGAUAUCGGUUUGAAACAUAUCUCUUUCAAACCUGGUUCUGUCAAUGCCAUCAUGGCCGUGCUGGAAAUUGCAGAUGAUCGCCCGGAAUUUCCGAUCAUUCUUCAGUGGACUGGAGGGCGAGGUGGUGGCCAUCACUCGUUCGAGGACUUCCACGCCCCCAUUCUGUCCACAUAUCAUGAAUGCCGGAAGAGAAAAAACAUAUUUCUCAUUGCUGGAAGUGGCUUUGGGGCUGGAGAGGACACAUAUCCGUAUAUCUCAGGGACUUGGUCCAGGCACUUUGGGUAUCCUGAGAUGCCUUUCGACGGAGUUUUGCUGGGUAGUCGCCUUAUGGUCUGCCGAGAAGCUCACACGAGCCCACAGGUUAAAAAGCUCAUCUGUGACACACCAGGUGUGGAAGACAGUGGUUGGGAGCGAACUUACAGUGGGAGUGCAGGAGGUGUGAUAACAGUUAGAUCUGAAAUGGGACAGCCGAUCCACAAAAUUGCUAAUCGCGGUGUGUCUCUCUGGGCUGAGCUCGACCAGACUGUCUUUGCUCUUUCACGCCCCAAAAUGGUCGAGGAGCUCAACAGAAGGAAAGAAUACAUCAUAUCUCGACUCAAUAGAGACUACGCAAAGCCAUGGUUUGGACGAGACGCGACUGGUGAUCCAAUUGAUCUUAUUGACAUGACGUACACGGCGGUUUUGAGGAGAAUGAUCCAGUUGAUGUACGUCAGCCACCAGAAGCGUUGGAUCCAUAGCUCAUACAUGCGUCUGGUCCACGAUUUUGCUCUGCGCGCUCUGAGUAGAGCUUCUACUCAUCCUGGCUCCUCCUUCAACAUCGAUGCACUGGAGGACCCUAAAGGCUUUCUUGAGUUAUUCACAUCACAUUUCACGAAGAGCAACGAUCGACAACUACAUCCAGAUGACGCAACUUUCUUCGUUCAGAGAUGCAAGGCCCGAGGCCAGAAACCUGUUAAUUUCAUCCCCAUUCUCGAUGAGAAUUUCGAGUAUUGGUUCAAGAAAGACUCACUCUGGCAGUCGGAAGACCUUGAAGCGGUUGUCGAUCAAGACGUUGAGCGAGUCUGUGUUUUGCAGGGUCCAGUCGCAGUUAGACAUUCUGUCGACCAAGAUGAGUCUGCACAUGAGAUCUUGAAGAACAUCUCAGACUUUCAUAUAAGCACUUUGCUUCUUGAAGGUUAUGCGAAUGACUUGACCCGCAUCCCGAAGACUGAGGACCCUGCUUCUACAUCCCCGCUCUCGCUUGGCCCACCGGACUAUGCUGAUGAGAGUACUGUUUGUACACAGUCCUUCUGUGCUCUUCCAGGUGACACCACGAAUUGGUUGGAUGUUUUCGCUGCCAAUUCGUUUGGAUGGAUCCAUGAUCUGCAGGUUGUGUUAAGGGAUUCUAAAGAUGUACAUACGCUCGCUGUAUUGCACCGAUCCGAUGUCGACAACAUCAUCAGCCUUCAUCUAUACCAGCCGAGCAACUUCACGGCCGGGCCAGCUACCUUGACCAUCCAGUAUAGACACAUAUCAACCGGUUUAUCUACAGCUCUGGAGGAGCUUACUAAUGAAAGAGAGGCUCGCAUCAAAUUGUUUUACAGCAAUCUAUGGCUCGGCUAUGAAAUGGAUACCAGCUCUCCCGAUGCGACAUUCACCGGACCACCCAUCACUCUGACUCAUGAUUUGAUUCACGAGCUAUGUGAGGCUUUAGGCUUCCUUCAUAUUCACAUCAGUGAAGACAAUGCUAUUCCCUUGGACGUUGCAAUUGUUGUUGCUUGGGAGGCGCUUGUCAAGCCUCUUCUGAUACCCGCUAUCAGUGGUGAUCUCCUUCGACUGGUACAUCGCAGUAACUCCAUCGAAUACUGUCCAUCAGCAAAGCCAUUCCAAUUGGGUGAUAUUCUGCAGUCUAGCUCUCAAAUUCAGAGUAUAAAUAUUGAAAAUACGGGAAAGUCGUUGGUGGUCAAAGCAAGCAUUGAGAGAAACGGGCUCCCUGUUGCAACGCUCACGUCCUCCUUCUUCAUGCAGGGCAUCUACUCUGAUUUCGAUGCCUGCUUUGAAAACAUUGUUGAGCCUGAAAUUGAGAUCACAAUAUCAACAAGUGUGGAGGAACAGGUUCUACGAUCGAGGCCUUGGCUCUCGUUGGAUGCACCCAAACUUAAUUUGGUUGGGAGGACACUAUCCUUCUACCUUACAACCUCCACUUCCUGGAGGAGCAAACAGGCAAUCGAGCGGUUGAAAAUCAGUGGAUCAGUGUUUCUCAAAGCAUGGAACGGCGAAAAAGAGGAAUUUGGACGAGUUUUCUACCAAGCUGUUGACUGCAAGGGAAACCCCGUACUCGACUUCUUGCACCGCAAAGGAGUGCCGGUGGCUGAGCGCAAGAUGUUGAAGGAACCCGUGCAAUUAUUCAACACCGCACAGGCCGUGCAAAUCCCUCUAUCUAAUGAGACUUACAGUCAAUUUUCCAAGGAUUUCAACCCAAUUCAUAUCUCUGGACUGUUUGCGGAGUAUGCAGAGCUACCAGGUACAAUUACCCACGGCAUGUAUACUUCUGCCGCUGUUCGGUCUCUAGUCGAACAGUCUGUAGCAGAUGGAGAUUCCCGGCGGUUCCGACGAUGGUCUUGCUCAUUCGUCGGAAUGGUCUUACCAGGCGAUCAACUGGAUGUACAGGUGGUCCAGCUCGGUCUUAUUGAAGGAAGACUUCUGUUGACCGUCACAGUGGUCAACUCUCGAACACAGGACCAGGUCCUUCACGCAGAGGCAGAAGUGGAACAGGCUCCCACAGUCUACAUCUUCACUGGACAAGGCAGUCAGUCCAUUGGUAUGGGAAUGGAGUCAUACAGGUCCAGUCCGGCAGCAAGGAAGGUCUGGGACAACGCGAAUCGGUUUUUGCUCGACAAAUUUGAUGGAUCAGUUGUCAAAGAGCCUAUCAUCAAAGAUUUGACGAGUGAGAGCAAGUCAUACACGUUUUCAGAUCCCCGAGGCUUGCUAUUUUCCACCCAAUUCGCACAGCCAAUCAUUGUGUUACUCGAACAGGCAGCCAUGGCCGACUUGAAGCAUCGCGGGGUCAUCCAGGAGGGUGCAGGCUUUGCCGGCCAUUCACUGGGAGAAUACGGCGCUCUGUCAUCCUUUGCUGAGUUCAUGCGCUUCGAGGAUCUGCUCCAGGUAGUGUUUUAUCGAGGACUCGCGAUGCAAUUGGCCAUCGAACGCGAUUCCCAGGGACACACCAAAUUCUCCAUGGUUGCUGUGAAUCCCGCACGCGUCGGAAAUUUCUUUACGGAACAGGUCUUGAAAAAUCUGGUGGAGAUGAUCACGACGACAACUGGUACACUUCUGGAAAUUGUUAACUUCAAUGUGGAAGGUGAACAAUAUGUCUGCGCAGGAACGCUGGAUAACCUCCAUGCCUUGGGGGCCACCCUCGAUUACAUCGCGAAGGCUCCAAAUGGCGCAUCCAUUUCUCGGCAGGUGGAGGAAAACGCUCAAUCAAGGGAAGGUCUCGGCGUCGUCUUGCGGAGUAUUGCCGAAUCCCAACAGCUGGCCAGUCCCAUCACUCUCCAACGCGGUACAGCCACGAUACCGCUACAGGGUAUCGACGUGCCAUUCCAUUCGGCGCAUCUACGUACCGGUGUGCCUUCCUACCGCAGUUUUUUGGAGGAACGAAUCCAGAACGGCGAUGUUAACCCUCAACGGCUGAUUGGGAAGUGGAUUCCCAACAUCACGGGCAAGCCAUUCUCAUUGAGCUCGGAGUACAUUCAGGAUGUCCAUCGGUUGACUGGCAGUCCCAUUCUGGCGGAGGUUCUGGCCGCUUAA